AUGACAACACAACAUUCUCAUAGUCAAUUUACUCAAAAUCACGAAAUGUCACAAGAGUCAAAUGAAUUUAAUAAGUUAUUGAGAACUAUUCAAAAUGAGAUUCAAUCUCCUGUGCUUGAGAUUUUUGAUAAUGUCCGAGUAUCACAAUUUAAACAAAUGAUUUUUAAUCAACAACAAAUUAUUGCAAAUUUAAAAAACCAAACUGAUGUUAGUAGUAUUACUUUAAUGCAAUGUCAAACAUUUCAAAUUGAAAUUAGUAGAAUUCAAUAUUAUUUAACGUUAUAUUCUAAAACUCGAUUAAGAAAAAUUCAUCAAAUGGCACGAUGUAAUUCAAAUGAUACAUCUAAAAUGACUUCUGACGAAAAUAUAUUAUUUGAAAAAUAUAAAUUAUUAAGAAAUGAAUUCCUUCAAAAAUCCCAAAUAUUUGAACCUAAAGCAGAAGCAAAACCAGAUAUGUCUACAUUUGUAUUUGUACGAAUAUUAACUAAUGUAGAUAAUUUCAAAAUUCAUCCAGAUGAUGAAUAUGGAUUUGAAAUGCAAAAAGGAGAAGUUUAUUUAUUUCCAUAUUAUUCUGUUCAUGACUUUAUUAAUACAAAUACUUUUGAAUUAAUAUGA